CCCAAUAUUUAUAACUAUACACAAUUCAUUCCCAACCCUUCAAAACUAAACUCACAGAACCAUGCAUUUCUCUUUUGCGUUCAUCCUUAAUAUUAUCUCUUUCUUUCUUCUGAUUCAAUCUCAUCAAAUUUCUGGAAAACAAUCCAGUACUAAUCAAGGUCCUGUCGUUGCACCGGCAUUAUAUGUGUUUGGUGAUUCUUUGGUCGACAGUGGGAACAACAAUUAUCUUCAAACACUAGCAAAAGCCAAUUACCUUCCGUACGGAGUUGAUUUUCCAAAUGGAUCUACUGGGAGAUUCACCAAUGGCAAAACUACAGUCGAUUUUUUCGCCGAAUGGCUUGGAUUGCCAUAUGUACCACCCUACUUAGGUUUAUCGGAAGAGGAGAAAAGCAAAACAAUAACCGGUAUCAAUUAUGCCUCAGGAGCAUCUGGCAUUCUUCCAGAAACAGGAACUUUAGUAGUACGUUUUUCACUAUGGAUUCAUUUAAUAGUUACAAAAAAAAUUCAGUUUAUAAGGGAGACACCUUGUGCUUAGAAGAAUAAGUAAAUUACUUUGAGAAAACAAUAAAAGAUGAUCUCCCCAAAUCAUUGAAAACCCAAGAAGAAAUUUCCGAACACUUGUCUAAGUCCAUACUGGUGCUUCAAAUGGG